AUGGCUACCCCCGGACCUCCUGUGGACAAAGAGGAGGCGGCUCCAGCUUCCACCCCAAACGAGUCUUCAUCAUCCAAUGCGAUUCCCGAACCUCUAAGCAAUGACGCGAGUCGACCCCAAUCAACAGUGCCUCCAGCACUAGCCACAAACCCCAGCGCAGACUCCGUGAAACUCGAAGACUCCCCGGCUCCGUCCCGACUCGAGUCCGCCGAAGCAGAGACCCCCCAAGCCGACAAUGACAGCAGAAAAAGGCCAGCAACAGCCGGGCGCAAGCGCAAGCUGAACAGUAUUUCUGCUCGCGGCGUGGCGAACCUCACUCCUGAUCAGUUGGCGAAGAAGCGUGCCAAUGACCGACAAGCGCAGCGGGCCAUCAGGGAACGGACCAAGUCACAUAUUGAUGCUCUGGAGCAGCAGGUGCGCGAUUUGUCGUCGCAGAAGCCGAUCUUGGAUUUGCAGGCGGCAUUGAAGAGGAAUGAGGCAAUACAAGAAGAGAAUAGAGAGUUACGACAGAGGUUACAGGCUGUGAUGGAUAUUAUCCAGCCGAUGAUGGGGAAACGGGAACCUACAUCAAACGGUCCAACAGCUGCUCCCAACAUCCAAACCCAACUCGUCCCGCCUCCGUCGAAUCCAUCGCCACCCCUAGAUAACAAUCGAUUCACUCCCAACAGCCAGAAGUCAGCCAUGGCGGAUCAAUCGUAUCCAGAAUCGCUCGCAAGCUUAGGAACACCGUCGCCAACGCCCACGCUGGGCGGUGCUCGCAGGAGCAGCGCUGACGGGAACGCUUCGUUUCGCAUUGCUCUCGACUAUCAACGACAUAAUCUGACACAUGGGCUUGAUUUUGGGGCGGAUGAACGACUGGGAUUCAACUUCUUGGUCGACCCUUCGAAGACAGUCCCGAAGGUGGACAAUUUCAGAUCGCCUGCGCAAGUGAAUCAACUUCCGAUCUACGCGCCACCGGUCAAUGCUAUGACUGAACAACCUCCUCCCGCCUAUUUGACACCGGUCAGAAACUCUGCACCUACAUGUACACUAGACGCCAUCUUGUUGGAUUUCCUUCAUACUCGACAGCAAGAGGCAGCUCAGGGCGUACCUAAACAGAAUUUGGUUGGGCCUCCAUACCCCAGCGUGUCCUCGCUACUGAAUCCGGAGAAAAGCAUGUACUCCCAUCCAGUUUCGAAAGUGUUCACCGAUAUCCUACGGACGUUCCCUAAUAUCGCGGCACUCCCGGAACAAGUUGCCGUCCUGUACUUGAUGUUCCUCAUAAUGCGGUGGCAGAUCUACCCAACGGCAGAGAACUACGAUCGAUUGCCCGACUGGCUCACGCCUCGACCGUCGCAGCUUAUCACGCCGCACCCUCCCUGGAUAGAUUACCUGCCAUGGCCGCGGAUGCGCGAUCGUCUCGUGAUGCGGCACGCGGAAUAUCAAUUCGAGAACUGGUUUGUGCCAUUCACGGAGACAUUGUCGGUGAAUUGGCCAUACGAAGCUACAGACUGUUUACUGUCGACUAAUGAAUGCGAUGAGCUACUCGUUAACCCAGUGUUUGAGAGGCAUUUCCGCAAUCUGGGGAAUUGGUCUUUGGGACCUGCGUUUGCGGAGGCGUAUCCGGAGAUGGUUGAGACGACUAAGAUUAAGGCUCCGUGGCGGGCGCCAUGA